AUGGAUGAAGAAGAGAUUGUUCAAGCCGAUGAAGUCUAUCUUGUCAAGAAGAAGGAUGAUACCAUUAUUCAUGUUGUUGAUGAAGUUAAGGAUUCAGUUGAUCUAUCUGGAGACAACACUACACUAGAUAUGGAGCCUCCUGAAAUUACUGAUAUACAGGUUACCUUAGUUGAGCAACCGACAACUCAACUAAAAGUGGUCAAUCCACCAGAAAUAGAACAAUCAGAGAAACCCCAAUCUCCAUCAGUCAUUGAAGAUAAUAAGGAGUCUACUAAAAAAUUUGUCACACAGUCCUCUAAAAAGGAAAUGGAGAAGAAUACAAAGAAAGCGAUCAUUAAGAAUAUGUAUGCUCAGCUUCUUCCCCUUUGUGUUGCCAGCACUUCCAAUGCUUGGCAUGGGAGUGGGCAUGGGAGGUUACUUUCAACCAAGUAUGAGUGGAAUGGGAUUGCCUCCCAUGCCAGCUUAUGUUCUAACUGGGUUGCAGAACACGGCGCUGAUCUCAGUUACAAAAUGAUGUGCAGCUCUUACUUUUCUAUUCUUCUUUUCUUCUUUGUAAUGAAUUUUUCAUCUGUGAUAUCCGACUACAGAUGGCAUGAAUGCAAUAAUGGAUCAACUUACAGCGAGUUCAGCGCAUAUUCUGCUAAUGUGAAUCGAGUUAUGACCGAUCUGUUUAAAAAUUCACAUCAAAGUUCAGGGUUUAACACCUCUUCCUUUGGUCAAACGCCAAACAAGGUCUAUGGGCUUCUGCAGUGUUUUGGGAACUUAUCAGCAGAGAAAUGCUCAGACUGCGCACAACAAGCAAAUAGUUCUCUUAUGGAACAUUGCGCCAACGACAUAGGCGGCCUGGUAUUUAUGGAUGACUGCUUUCUGCGCUAUGACAACUCUAGUUUCAUUUCAACACUAGAUACCAACCUAUAUAAAAUAUUGUGGAAUCCCAGUGAAGUCUCAAGCAACAUAGAUGAUUUCAAGGCCACAACCUCGAGUCUUCUCUCCAACUUGUCUAAUCUAGCUUACAACCCUGCAAAUAGCCGAUUCGCUAUAGGAUCGGCCAACUAUACCACAUCCCAAAUUGUCUACGGGCUCGUUCAAUGUUGGAGAGAUUUAUCCAUCAAUGAUUGCAGAAAAUGCUUGGUUAAAGCAAGGAACACUGUGGAGGAUUGUUGUUCUGUUAACCAAGGAGGUCGGGCUCUGUUAGGAAGCUGUGUGGUCAGAUUUGAGUCAUAUUCUUUUUUCGACACUACAGAGGUAUCUUCACCACAAGCUUCGCCACCGACUCCAACAACUUCCGCACCUCCCACAGCAGGCCAGAACCAAUCAAAGAGUAAGCACAACCACCUCUUUUAA